CAGUUGCGCAGGAAUAGAGCGCACUUUUGAUUUUGUAACACCGCCUAUAUUGUACCUUGGCAUCAUGUCUAAUUUCGUUGAUUCUCCGUAAAUAUACCGUUCUCUCUAAUUGCCCGCCGUACGGCCGGCGCCGUCUAUGUACACACGCGACCCCUUCAAGCUCCGCACCGCACCUCCGGCCUCCGUCCACACCUUAUCGCAACUUCUCCAAAACGCCGCCCACAAAACCAUCGAGACAGGCGCCACCGCCGUCGAAUCCACCAAGCAGGCACUCAAGGACAGCGCUGCCGACAUGUCCUUCGCCGUGCCGCGAAACAUUCCGAACUUUGAGAACGCAUCGCGCAGAUUCGAAGAUAAUGUCUGGGGGAAGUUUACGGGGAAUGAGAAGGGUCUGCCUAUGUAUAAGGAUAAGCCGGCUUAUUAUGGGAGUGGGAGGGUGGCGAGGAGUUGGGUGAGGAGGAAGAGGGGGGUGCUGGUUUUGGUGGUGGGAAUGUUGGGGUUGGUGUAUUGGUUGGGGUUGUUAGGGGGUGCGGAGAGGGCGGAGGAGGGAGUGAGGUUAGGGGAUAAAGAGAAGCCUGGGGGUUGGGCCAGUAUAAUACGGGGGUCAAGAGGGCAAAAGGUUGAUUGGGAGCAGAGGAGACAGAGUGUGAAGGAUGCAUUUCUACUGAGUUGGAAUGCGUAUAAAGAGCACGGAUGGGGCUACGAUGAGUACCAUCCCGUCUCACGGAAUGGGCGGUACAUGGCACAACCUAACGGCCUUGGUUGGAUAAUAGUGGACGCGCUAGACACUAUGAUGUUGAUGAAUCUCACAAAGGAGCUGAAGGACGCACGGGACUGGAUAUCCAUGUCAUUGGACUAUAACAAGGACCAGGACGUCAAUACCUUUGAAACCACCAUAAGAAUGCUCGGUGGAUUGCUAUCAGCUCAUUACUUGCAAGAGACGCUUCCCGGGAUGAAGCCUACGAAUCCGAACGAAGAGGACUUGUUUCUGGAGAAGGCUACCGACCUAGCUGACCGAUUGAUGGGCGCAUACGAAUCCAGAUCUGGCGUGCCUUGGGCCAGCGUUGUGCUCAAAACCGGGAAAGGUGUGCCAUCUCAUGCGGAUGGUGGUGCCUCGUCAACCGCCGAAGCUACGACGCUCCAGCUGGAGAUGAAGUACUUGGCAUACCUGACCGGCGAAGCGCACUAUUGGGAGAAGGCCGAGAGGGUGAUGAAGGUGGUAGACGACAACGGAGCUAAAGAUGGUCUGGUUCCCAUCUUCAUCUAUGCCGACCAAGGACAAUUCCGCGGGGAGGAGAUCCGUCUGGGAAGUCGAGGAGACUCAUACUACGAGUACCUGAUCAAACAAUACUUUCAAACGCAAAAGAAGGAGCCAAUCUACCUUGAGAUGUGGAACGAAGCCCUGGAAGGAGUAAAGAAGCAUCUCAUUACCUACACAAAAGAUGCACAGUUUACAGUCUUGGCCGAAAGACCGAACGGCCUGGGUGGAAAGCUCCACCCUAAAAUGGAUCACCUGGUCUGCUUCAUGCCUGGCACCAUCGCCCUGGCUGCGACCGGCGGUCUUACCCUCGCUGAGGCGAAGAGACUCCCCGGUUGGGGCAAACUACAGGAAGAGGAUAUGCAGCUAGCCCGCGAGCUGAUGAAGACAUGUAUGGGCAUGUACCGCGUCACUGCCACCGGCCUCGCCGCCGAAAUCACCCAUUUCGAGCUCGACGAUCCGCCGCGUAUGAUGCGCCAGGAACCAUUGACAUCUAAGAGCGAUCUGGAGACUGCGGAGGACGCGGACUGGAAAACGGACUUCAUCAUCAAGCCGGCUGAUACGCAUAACCUGCAAAGACCGGAAACCGUGGAGAGCCUAUUUUAUAUGUGGCGCAUUACGGGCGACAAUCUGUACAGAGAAUGGGGAUGGGAGAUUUUUGAAUCUUUCGUGAAGCACACCAUUGUGGAAAAUGGAGGAGGGUUCACGUCUAUCAACGAUGUUACGAAGGUGCCGCCGCCGUCCAGGGACAACAUGGAGUCUUUCUGGCUGGCGGAGACACUAAAAUACUUCUACCUCCUCUUUGGCCCUAACGAUCUGCUUCCUCUGGACCAGAUAGUGUUGAACACGGAAGCUCACCCCUUCCCGAGGUUUGAUAUGUCCAAGAAGCAUUUCAAAACGGGGUGGAAGCGGAUACCUAGGGAUGCACAGGGGAACCUGGUGAGGCCACGGGAGCCCGAAACUGGAACUAAGGAGAGUCAUGCUGGGCAUGGAAGCUGAAGUAUAUGAUAGAGUGCCAGAGCCAGUUACGCAUGGUUACCGUGGUGGUAGGCGUGUGUUGUAUAUCAUGCAUUUCCGGAGUUAAUAUACCUUCUCUUGUUAGCCGCAUAGAUAAAAAUAUCGCAUCUAGUGUCAUUCCUUGGCGGAAGGUUAAGUAGGAACCCUUCUUGGGAAGGGCGGAGCGUCAGAAUACCGGCUCAAUGCUCAGUAGAGUUGCGACUCUCAACAUCGAGGGGAAUUAUAGGGAAUGCAUAAAGUGGAGGUCGCAGCUCCCUCC